AUGGGCGGUGGUCUUCACAGGGAGGUAUCGGAAGUUCAGCUCACUGGCGGCGAUGCCGAGCACACUCUCGAUUCCUCCGUCCCUGGUAGCCAAGAGCACGCCACUCGAGUUAUCUUCAGGCACGUUGGUAUUGCCGAGGCCGCUCUUGAGACUCUCAUGACCCUCCCCAGGGAGAUGCUGAAGCGACUGCGCAUUGAGGCCCCCUCUCACGGCGGGGGCGAUGAAGGCUUCUUCGACGUGAUCAAAUCCGGUGUUCAGAAGACUGGACCAGCUGUUCUGGACAUUGCAAAAACCGCGGUGCAAACCGUCAUUCUUGUCAUUGUCGAUGAGUUCUCCGAGAAAAUCAAGUGUGCAGUCGGCGCGGAGAGCAGCGCAACCCCCUACGAUUAUGGCGAUAACCACAGCAAGAUGGGCCGUUUCAACGCUGUUGCGCCUAAGCAAGCUUUCGGCAAAACAACUGAUCACAGCCAUAAGGCAGUGGAGGUGAGCGAAAAUUCUCCUCUUGACUUGUGA